GAUAGCCGUUAUCACCGAGUUUUUAUUUGACAUUUUAACAGCUACCCCAGUCCGCCCUUGCAUAUGGUUAUAUUUACCCCAGUAACCGUGGAUUGCAUGAAGCAAGCAUUGCUUCGGCGGGUUAGACUAUAAACCUAUAGAGAUCAACCGUUUAACACAACACGAUGCCGUGCAGAAAAGUGUGUUACCAGGUGUGCGACACGACCCGGGAGGUCAUCACCAGAAUAGUCAGCAUACUGCUCGUUCUUUUGCAGGGAGGGAUCCUGGACACCCUCCUCUACCUCCACUAUGGUGGAAACUGGUUCUGCUGGUUCGUGGCAGAUGCUGUGUCCGCCAUUCUCUUCGCUGUAGCAUUUGUGGUGGCAGUGGAGCACUAUAGAAAGACGAAAAAUAAUAGGAGGGAGUCAGAGUCGCAUCUGUGCCAUGGGCGUGCCUUGGGUCUCCUCCCCCUGGGGUACGUAGCUUGGUUUACUUAUUCUGGACUCGUGGUCCCCAGGGUGGUGCUGAUCUUCAAACAUAUAGCUGCAGGGCUGGAUGAAGAUGACAUCCUUGGUCCAAACUUUCUGAAGACAGCUCUGGCGUUGACUGCUCCGAUUUUCCUGCUCAUGGUGUUAAGUCAGCACAAUAAGAGACAGACGCUGGAGAGGAGACAUUACAUACAGACCUUGGUGGCUGCUGUGCCGUUUGAUAUUCUAGACAGUGUGGAGUUUUUGGAGAUAUUGUUUGUGCAGGAAUCCAGGCUUGUUUUGCCUUUUUUCUUGGAAAAUCUUAUCAUAGCGUUUCCUUGCAUUAACUUUAUUAUACCAGGUUUUUGCUUUGUAGUCCUGAGUCAUAGUUUCUAUGGAGAGCGACCAUUGUCUGGAGGAUUCCAGUUCAUAUACACUUUAUCUCACAUACUUCUGGUCAACGUUCCCUUCUUGGCCAUCCGCAUAUAUCUCUGGCACCUGCUGAGCCACGACAUCUCUGUUUUCUUCAUCAAGAACAUUAUGAUGAUCUGCCUCGGAGUCAAUGAUCUGUAUGAGAUAUGUGGUGAGAGUGAUGACGAUGGUGUAGAUGGCGCCGGUGCUGACAUGCCACCCAGCAGAAAAUUCCGGGACAAGCUUGUGUUCAAUGACACGUACGAUCCAAAUGAUCGUGUAGAAUAUCCAGAUUUACGAUAUGCAGAUCUAGAUUUACGGCCGCGGAGAGUUUAUUAGACCGGUGUAGCUAAACUGAGGUCCGUGUAACCAAGGAGUUGGAACUCCUUGGUGUAACAGAAAGUCCGCCCUCCAUUUACAUAUA